AUGGUUCGAUUGAAAAGCAGAUACAUAUUGUUCGAAAUUUUAUACCCUACAACCGGUGAAAAGUUCGAAUCAGUACCGAACACACAGAAGAAGACCAUUCUAAUGAACCACCAUCGAAUAUCUCCUAACACAAUCAAUGCAAAAAUUAUCUUACAGGAGCUUCGAAAGCAACUUCAAAUUAACUUUGGGGAUUAUGGAGCCGGAAAGGCUACCUCAUUACUACAGAUAAAGUACUUUUCAAAUAAGACAUCGACAGGCAUAAUACGAUGCAGUCAUGAAGAUCAUCAACUCGUCAUUGUCGCACUCACAUUAAUGAACCAACUUGAUUCUGUUGAAGACAUAAUUGUCAAUCCAAUCAAAGUUAGUGGAACUAUAAAGAAAAUAGAGCUAUAUGCCAUAAACAGAAGUCGUAGAUUGAAUAGAAUUCUUUCAACGACGGAUAGGAAUGAUGAGUUUUCUACCAUUAUAGAGGACGAUAUUGACGAUUAA